AGCCCUUCUCAAACCGUUCCAGCCUUCUGCUUUCCAAACCUUUUUUCAAGAACCUCUCAAGCUUCUUUCUAGCUAAAACUCCUGAUUCCUGAAUUGUUAUAGAACCCUCUGCUACUGAUUUGCUUUCCAUGAAACACGAAAGAGGCAUCAGCACCAUGGUUGCAGAACUCUCAAUACACCGACCAACUUUCUGUGCUCUCUUGCAUUCCGAUCCUGCAAUUUUUAAUCAAGAUGAUGAUGAAUCAAGCAACAAAAACAGCCCAACUUCAACCAAUAUGAGUCCUAGAUAUUACAGCAGUUUCACCCCACCAAGUGGCGAGCUCUCUCCUUACCUCUCCCCAUGGAGCCAACUGUCUCCAUACACUAAAUCUCCUUGGAUAAUACCAUCUCCAGUCAGCCAUAAGCUCUCUAAAAAUGGCCUUGUUGGAUCAAUAUCACGUGAAGAAGGUCAUGUUUAUUCUAUAGCUGCUUCUGGUGAUUUUCUAUACACUGGCUCCGAUAGCAAGAACGUACGUGUAUGGAAGAAUUUGAAGGAGUUUUCAGGGUUUAAAUCCAACAGUGGAUUGGUUAAGGCCAUUGUUGUAUGCAGUGAAAAGAUUUUCACUAGUCAUCAAGAUGGCAAGAUCAGAGUCUGGACGAUAUCUACCAGAAACCCUAGUGUUUACAGACGAGUUGGGACCUUGCCAACUCUUAAAGAUUGCGUCAAAGGCUCUUUGAAUCCCAAGAACUACGUAGAAGUUCGUAGACAUCGCAAUGUUUUACGUAUCAAGCAUUUCGACGCAGUUUCUUGCCUAAGCCUGAAUCAAGAUCAGGGUUUAUUAUACUCAGGAUCCUGGGACAAAACCCUAAAAGUUUGGCGAAUUUCAGACUAUAAAUGCCUUGAAUCAAUCAACGCCCACGACGAUGCUAUAAAUUCAGUUGUCACCGGGUUCGAUUCUUUGGUGUUUACCGGCUCAGCUGAUGGAACAGUGAAAGCAUGGAGAAGGGAGCUUCAAGGGAGAGGAACUCGGCAUUUUUUGGUUCAAACACUGUUAAAACAUGAAAACGCCGUGACAGCGCUCUCGGUAAAUCAAGAAUCAGCUGUAAUUUACUGUGGUUCAUCCGAUGGGUUGGUGAAUUUUUGGGAACGUGAGAAGCUCUUGUCACAUGGUGGGGUCCUCAGGGGCCACAAAAUGGCCGUCCUUUGCUUGGCAUCGGCUGGUAAUCUGGUGUUUAGUGGGUCCGCUGACAAGAGUAUUUGUGUGUGGCGUAGGGAAGGUGGCGGCGUCCAUUCUUGCUUGGCAGUUUUGACUGGUCAUGGUGGGCCAGUGAAAUGCCUAGCCGUUGUAGAAGAUCAAGAAUCUGACGAAGGAGAUCAGCGGUGGAUAGUGUAUAGUGGGAGUUUAGACAAGUCUGUUAAGGUUUGGUGCGUGACAGAGAACGCGCCAAAGUGGAGGGAGUAUCCAUCACCUAGGUUGGGCUUCUCUUCACAUACCCAAAACAAAAGACAAUAUCACGGGUAGAGUGUCUUCAUGACACGAGUUGAAUAGUACGUGAAUCACGCGCAGCGGGGGGACCCUGCUAUAACGCCAUGGAAAGCGGGGUACAGUGACGCUAUGGGAUCCAUGGAUCACAUGAUUUUGGAGGCCAAAUUGCUUGGACGCUCGGGCUUCAAGGCAUGGAUAUAUAUGGUGUUGAAAAUAAGUGAAUAGGCCACCAACAGAUAAAUUGAUGGUGCAUGCCAACCAUGCUUUCGGUUCAAUGUCUCCAUGUGUUAAGUAAAACAGUUACCCUCUUUGUCAAAAUAUUUUGUUAAUGUUAAUUAUAGCUCCGACUAUGAAGUCUAUUAUUGCCAGGUUUUUAGAUGGAGACAGUGGCAUGAGAUUAGACAACCACAGCAAAAAUACUCAAAAUGAACUUCCAUUAGUUGUUUUGUUUAGUUUAAUUACAGGAAAUGUUUUGUACUUUGGAAGGGCUGUAAUUUGUAAAUAUUACCAGUAUAACUUUGCAAAUGCCAUGUUUAUGCGUUUGUAUCGAAAAA